AUGGGUGUUGCCAUUGGGUUUUCCGUAAGUUUCGGAAUUCUACUUUUCGGCAUCAGUGUAACACUUCUAGUCCGUAGAUGGAGAAGAGAUAUAGAAAAGAAAGUGAGGGGGAAGUAUUUCCGGGAGAACCAAGGCCUUCUACUUGAACAGUUACUAUCCUCAGAUGAAAAUGCCACUGAAAAAACAAAGAUCUUCUCUUUGGAACAGCUAGAAAAGGCAACAAACAAUUUUGAUCGCGCACGUAUCCUUAGUGAAGGUGUUGCCAUUGGGUUUUCCGUAAGUUUCAGAAUUCUACUUUUCGGCGUCAGUGUAACACUUCUCGUCCGUAGAUGGAGAAGAGAUAUAGAAAAGAAAGUGCGGGGGAAGUAUUUAUGGGAGAACCAAGGCCUUCUACUUGAACAGUUACUAUCCCCAGAUGAAAAUGCCAUUGAAAAAACAAAGAUCUUCUCUUUGGAAUAG